AUGUCGGUUAUCGGCAGUCCUUUCCUCACGCUGACAGUGCUGAUGAUCAGUGUAGCCCCAUCAGUUCCACCUGUCAGUGCUCAUCAAUGCCAUCUGUCAGUGUCCAUCAUACCAGUGCCCAUCAGUGCACAUCAAGGCCACAUAUCAGUACCUACCAGUGUACAUCAAUGCCACAUAUCAGUGCCCAUCAGAGCUGCCUUUCAGUGCCAACUAUCAGUGCCUGUCAGUACCGCCUAACAGUUCCAAUCAGUGCCGCCUAAAGUUCCAAUCAGUGCCAGUCAGUGCUGCCUAUCAGUGCCACC